AUGAAUUAAUCAGGGUUCGAAAAAUCACAUGUACUUUAGAAUAUAAGUGAUGCUGAUAAGUUGUAAUUCUACAAUAGCACAAGAUUAUGGCAUACUAAAUUUAAUUAUUAAUUAUUUGAUAUAGAGGAACUAAAGAGUGUUCAUUUUGAAGAUAAUAAAAAGUUUAACACCAUAAUCAAAUCUAUUUAAAAUUUCAAUAAAGAAGUAAUCAUUUCUAUUUCAUGUUUUAGAUUUAAACUUUCUUAAAAUAAGGUAGAAUUAUUCCAACAAUGCCAACUCGUUACAAUUUUUACUAAAAUAUUGUAAAUUUAUUAAGAGAAGCAGCAAUCGCAAAAGGAAGGGAUGCUUAAUUGAUAUUCCUUGAAAAAGUUUAUGGUUUUUUUGUAUAGAAUAACAGAGAUGCAAUAAAGACACAAGAGAAUGAAAUAGGUAAAAUUACUACAAGUGAUGAUACAAGAUUAAUCAUUUAAGAUUAGACAAUGGCUUUACCAAGUAAAUAAAUUGAUGAUCAACUCAGGGAUUAUAAGGAGAAGAACAGAACAAUGCAUAACAAUUGUGAUCCGCCAUACUUAAGGUAUUUGGAGUUAUUAAUCAUUUAGAUUAAAAUAAUAUAAAAGAAGACAAUUUAAUCAAUUGAAUAAUAUUGUGCCUCAAAUUCAAGUGAAGAGUACCUUUCCUAAAGUAGUCUCAUUACCUUAAAAAGAAUAGGAUGACAAUCUACAAUAAAGUUAAGAAUAAACAGAAGGUGAGAUUGCGAUUGAUGGAGAAUUAUUAGGGAAUGAGGAUGAUGAAGCGAAGAAAAAAAUAAUUAUUAAUAUGGUACCUAAGAUAAAAGUAUUUUAAAAAGAUGACGUUAAUUUAGAAUUUAAAGAUUUAAAUAAAUAAUUUGAAAAUAGAUAAAAUUAUUAAUUGUAUUAACCAUCAAAUUAAGAAAUUGAAUUAAAUCUAUAGAAUAGAUGGAUUUAAUUUAGAUAGAAAGAAGUAGAAGAUAAAAAAAUGGAUGAAGAAAUUAUUAAUUCUAUGAAUGUUUGGUCUAAAAAUAAAGCUAGAAUAGAAAAAGAAAUUGAUAGAAGAAUAGAUUCAUAAUAUUAUGGUAGUAGAUAUGCUGAAAUUGAUAAAAGAAGAACUUAAUCUGUUGGAUUAUAAAAUUAAUAAGAUUCAAAAGUAAUUAAUUUAAAACCAUUACCUAUUAUUAUAUAAUCAUAGAAUAGAUAGUAUGAUUCAGCUAUUGAUACUACAUUUUUGGAAGGUAAGGCAUCUGCAUAAAGAGUUGCUAAUGCUAGAAGAGCAUACAAAGAUUUAUUAAAUUUAAGUUCUACAGAUAAUUAAACUGAUGAAUAACCAUCAUCUUUAUCAAUUUAUGCAACAAAACUUAGAUCCAAUUCACUUCAUAAUAAAUUCUCUCAAUUAUUAUAGAGAAAUAGUCCAACAAGAGUUAAUGAAUUAAAUCUAUAAGAAGUAUUGGAUAUAAAAAAUAGAUUUGCAAAACAUAAAAUUCCAAUUUAAAUAAACUCAUUAUUAUCUGGAAUUAUGGUACCUACUCAAUAAGAAGACUUUAAUAAUAAAAUGAUGGAUAUUGGCUAAUCUAUGUUAGUUAAUCCUUUUGAAGAAAAAAAAGGAAAAAAAAAAAAGAAGAAGAAAGAAUGA